AUGAGCGACAUCGACUCGUUGCAGGAGAACGUCAGAAUCCUCAACGACAAUAAUACGGCAACGGACCGCGGCGCCAAAGCAUCAUACAAGGCACUAAAAACACAAGUCGAUCGGCUCACAACAAACCAUGAGGCAAUGGUCCGAUGGGUCAAGGCUAACAAUGACCGGAUGCACGAUGUCCUCAAAAAACAAUCCGAGAUCAUCGAGCGCCAGCAAGAAGCUCUGGCAGCACAAAAGCAAGCAAUCGACAGCUUUUGCUUCGACAACAUCAUGGUGCUAGGUACAUUGCUUGGGCAUCUGUGA